AUGGUCCCGACCCCCUAUACUAUUGCAAAUGUUCUCGAAGAAGAGUAUUUGCCGAUGCCGUUCUCUCGCAAACGAAGAGCUGUGCGUGGCGUAAAUGUAAUAGAGUCCCUGUUCAAUGCCCCCUGUGUUAUAUCAAGGGUUGUUUCCAGCGAGCGGAGUGCCAUGGCUGAGGCGCACCGCAGACGAUCGCUGUCCAUCAGCCGGGCGGCACAGAAGAACGACCUCGCCGUCACCGGACUCACAGUUCAGGACGAUUACAGGCCGAGGCCCGGGCGAACAGGCAGCCUCGCGCGGCCGGCUGGAGCCGGCGACCAGGAGCGCGCUUUACUCGACCUGCUCGACGCCGAGCAAUCGCUUCUCAGUCCUGUCGACCUCGGAUCCCUCGGAGUCACGAGGAGACAUUCUUCACACCAUUGCCCGACCCGCAGCAGCAACAACGCCGCACAGACCGCGGCGAGCGCGGGCUCUGCUGAAGCCACGACCCAGCAAUCGAGAAGCAGGGAGCGGUCACCAGAGCCGCAGCCCAUGUUACAGGCACUAGUAGUACCCCCUCCGAUACCACAACGACCGCCCGCAGUGCCAAAGCGAACGCUACCGUCCACCGCAAACGCUUCGCCGCAAACAUCGAACGCGUCGUACUGUGUCAGCCGCGCUGUUAACGCGCAAUCGGCGGACGCGACGGCAUUGCCGGCCAUUCCGCCGCAUCCGAACCGCAAUCGCAGGACCGACAGUCAGAUGGGCGGUGUGCCGCCGCGCAUUCCACCGCCGCCGCCUCCGCCGCCCCCUCAAAGAAACAACCCAAACAAUAACGGCAACAGCAACAGCACCAACAACAACAAUUUUGGAGCCAUGAACAACCUUAACAACGUCACAAGUAACAUGGUUGGAAACAUGAACACUAUAAAUAAUCUUAAUAAUGUGAAUCAUAUUAACAAUCUUGCAAACAUGAACAGCGGAAAUGGCAUGAACAUCUCGAAUGUAGGUACAAAUGGUGCAAAUGGAAAAACUAUGCACAGUAACAAGCCGCCGCCACUAUCGCACAUUCACGGUAAUCCGGCCGCGUCUUCGGGUAUCGCGUUGGUCAACGGCAGACAAGAUUCGAACGUUUCCAGCGACAGUUUUAGCCAGAAUUCGUCACCAUCGUAUACUACCAAAACCAUGGAAGCACCACUACUGGGCAACCGAGGUACAUCGGCCGGUCGAAAUGCAAGAGCCUGUGUUUCACCUGGUUGCUGUGUUCCUGGCGGAGCGGUCAGGACAGCCGGCGGUCCAGGUUCUGGGCCCGUACCUGAUGGCUUGGUGGAUCCCCAAACAGCAGCGCUGACAAAGAGUUUGUCUACGCCGGCAGGACUUCAAACUGUCGUGCGUUUUCAUGAUGGAUCCAACAUGUCACUUCAUCAUAGGAUAAUACGAGAUAUGCGACGCACAUCAAACCCCUAUGUAACGCGUGGUCGCCUUCGCUUUAGGUUCGCUCAGGUGCUAUUAAAUGCGGUUGCUCUCCUUGCGAUAGCAGGAGGUUUGGCUGCCUACUUUCGUGCCUAUCCCGUGGUUCAAAUUGUCAACCGAACGAUAACAACGACUACGACUUACGCUGAUCCAGCAACGGCCGACUCCAAUCCCUUGCCGGGCAUUUGUUUGCCGGUUAUUGUUAACUUCUGCCACGUGCAUCGGAUGCCCUAUAACUUCACAGUGUAUCCCAAUUACAUCGGACACUACAGUCAGCGAGACGCGCAAUUGGAUCUAGACAUAUACGAUGCUGUUGUAGAUGUUAGAUGCUACGAUUUAGCUGCCCUGUUUCUGUGCUCGGUUUUUGUCCCGGAAUGUGAUCCCAGCACAGGUGUAGCUCGGUUACCUUGCAGAGCGCUAUGUGUAGAAACAUUACGCCGUUGUGGAUUCUUUUUGAAUGUUUUCGGUUUGGCAAUGCCGACAUUUUUCCAAUGCGAAACAUUUCCCGAUACCAAAGAUUGUGUUGGAUGGCAAGAAGUCGAAGAAGAACGGCGAAAAGCUCAUAAACCAAUUUGCCCGUACGGUUUCCAAUGCGAUGUGACUCGUUGUAUCCCUUCUGACUGGCGCUGUGACGGUCACGUCGAUUGCGCUGAUCAGUCGGACGAGCUGAACUGCCGCAUGUGCGGCCGCGGCACCAUCCAUUGCGGCGAAAGAAAAUGUAUGGCCCGAAGACACAUGUGCGACGGGGUUGUCGACUGCCCAUGGGGACAAGACGAACGAAAUUGCUUACGAUUGAGCGAGCGCAACGGCGAUAUGGGGAGUGGAAAACUGCAAAUCUAUAAACCAGAUGCCCAGCAGUGGAUGCCUGCAUGUAUAACACAUUGGGACGACGAAACGCCAAAACUUGUUUGCAAAAUGCUAGGAUAUGGAGCCGUAAAUUCAAGUAAGAUUUCAAUGAACGAUAAAGAAAUGGCUAUAGCUCCCCCUACGAAAGAUACACCAACGGUUUGGCGUAUGUAUCAAAAAAAGAAAACAAAUUUUUUCAAAGAGUUUGUCUCCUGCAACAUGGCUAAUUCAUAUGCUACAGCUGAUCUUACUUGUUCCGAUUAUGAAUGUGGCAAAAUACGUACGCUUGUCAACAUGCAACGAGCAAGUGCGCGCAUAGUUGGCGGUGUUGAGUCAGCACCAGGCGACUGGCCGUUUCUUGCUGCGAUUCUUGGAGGACCAGAACAGAUUUUUUAUUGUGCUGGUGUACUUAUAGCCGAUCAAUGGGUACUCACUGCAGCACAUUGUGUUGGAAAUCACUCGGACGUCGGAGGAUGGACAAUUCAACUGGGCUUGACCCGCCGCCAUGCUCACUCGUACUACGGCCAGAAAGUCAAAGUUCGAAAAGUGGUUCCUCAUCCUCUAUAUAACUUGGAAUCGGCUCAUGAUAAUGACGUAGCGCUAUUUCAGCUGUCCUCGCGCGUAUCAUUCCAUGAUCACUUGCUUCCUGUUUGCUUACCUCCACCUAAUUUUGAAUUAAAACCCAAUACUAUGUGCACAGUCAUCGGCUGGGGAAAGACAGAAGAUAAACACAGUAAGUAAAAACUGUCGGAGUACGAACCGGCAAUCAAUGAGGUUCAAGUACCAGUCCUUCAUCGCGACAUAUGCAACGCCUGGAUGGAACAUCAAGGUCUAAACGUUACCGAAGGAAUGAUAUGCGCUGGCUAUCCUGAGGGUGGAAAAGAUGCUUGUCAGGGCGAUUCAGGCGGUCCACUUCUUUGCCGCGAUCCUCUCGACUGGGAGCGCUGGUUCGUCGGAGGAAUCGUCUCCUGGGGAAUAAAGUGCGCACACCCGCGACUUCCUGGUGUUUAUGCGUACGUGCCAAGAUUUGUUCCUUGGAUUCGGCAGCAGAUGCAAAUAUAUGGGAGUACCGCAGUAUAAAUUCGAGCGAUUUGCCUAAGAAUUACUGAACUAAAACAUGGAUUAAAAUGAAACAAAACUUCUUCAACACAAUUUAUCUGAUAGGAAAUUAUAAUAACUACAAUGCAAUGGGUGGUUUCUGAAACGCUGCUAAGUAAGGCGGAAAUAAUUUCUAUAACUAACGACUAAUUAACUGAUCGUAACUAUACCUUUUAUA